GACUCCGUUGCUCAAAAUUUAGUACCAAAGAAGCUUGUAGGAUUAAAGUCGAUUCAAACCAGGAAAAGUCCCCUCGGCUGCAUUUGCACCUCGAUCUGAUCUGUACGGCUGAGACUGGACACCGACGGCGAGACUCAAAAGAGAAAUCAUCACAAGUGAGUGAUUGAACCACCAAAGGCAGGUCCUCUUCCUCAUCUGGCGGCAGGAAGUGGGCUGUCGAGCCGUCAGUCGCAGUCGCAGUCAAAGUCAAGUCAUUGCGCUCCUCGACUCAGCGACGCUGCCCCGAAAUGAUCCGUCGCGUCUCUCGCAACGCGUCACGUCAUCACGGUUACUUUUUGUGGGUUUUUUUCCCCACCCUCCUUGUCGAGGCGCUUGGUUCAAAAUGAUCAAGGUUGCGCAAUUGUUUAAUUUUUUUGGGGUCACAAGCGGAACUUUAUAGAUUCGGAGGACGGGGCUGUCCGACAAUCAGACGCUACUAUGUCACUCUGUUAAGACUGUGACCAGCGUGAAGGGUGACGCAGUUCUCCGACUUCAGGAUGGGUAACGUGAUGCGAGGCGUGCGCACCUGUAACAACCUGAGCACCGGCGACUGUGGCGCUCCUUCGGAAGGCUCGGAGGAAGAUGUGGCAGUUGUCCUUGCAGACUACCCACCGCCUACCGUCAGUGAAGCCAUCUUCCGGAUGGGGGAGAAGCUCAGCGUGUCGGCGGAGGAGGGGUUCUGGAGGAAGGUCCGUUCGCUCCGGACGGGAAAAGAGAACUUCAUACCCGGGAAUCACGUGGCCAAAGUGUAUCACGGGUGGCUUUUUGAGGGGGUGACGAGGCAGAAGGCUGAGGAACUCCUCCUUCUCCCUGGAAACAGGGUGGGCUCCUUCCUGGUACGGGAAAGCUCCACAGAGCGAGGCAUGUACGUGCUGUCGGUCAAGCACCGCAUCAUACGGCACUACCGCAUCUGCCGACUGGACAACGGUUGGUACUACAUCUCCGCUAGACUCACAUUCCAGUGCCUGGAAAACUUGGUCAACUACUACUCGGACUUUGCGGACGGCUUGUGCUGUGCGCUGACGUCGCCGUGCCAGUCCAGCCCGACCGCGCCGCCGACAGAAGAUCCGGCAGUUGUCAUGAGACGCCACGUCGACAGGAAGUUGAGGACGCAGCCGAACGGCAACGCGCUCAGCUACGGCGUCAGGAACAGCAUGGCCGCGUACCUGUCCUUCUCCGAGUGCGAAGAAGCCCAAAGGGCCAGGGCGCAAAGCAGACGCAAGAAGGGCAAAUCCCUUUACGUGCUCCCUGAAAACAGCUUGGCGAACGUCGACUACGGCGCCCCUUAAGCUUCGCUGCUAGCCAAAAAAGACUGUCUUGCCAAGGUGCCGCGUCGCCUUGCGGCCAAAUCCGAAGAACUGUUGGACUUGACUGGAGACCUUCCUGCUGGGUUCCGCGAUCAAGUUUAUUUGCCGUCUUCUUCUGCGAUGACUAAGACGUCCCGAGAGAUUCUCCAGUCAGAUUUCCUCACAAACAUCCAGAAGAGCUUUUGAUUAUUUUCUGACACCCCCCCCCCCCCCAGCCGUUCCCCCCGGUCAUUGCACCAUGCACACCAACCAUCAAUAUCAGCCCCCCAUUAGAUCAUUUUCUCUGCAGAAUGUAAAUAUUUAUCAGUAGCAACGAUAGCAAACAUAACUUUGCACUUAUAUAAAUAAAAACGGCGGCUCGGGGCUGCCGGAGAAUGAUGAGUAAAGCCGAGAACGUAAACACCGGCGUGGGCGAACCGCUCGGCCGUCGGCGGGAGAAAGUUGAGCUGUUCGAAACAGGAGACGCCUCUUCUUCGCAGCUCAAAAAAAAAAAACAAAAAAACAAAAAAUACAUUUUCAGUUUCGCUUGAGGAUGUGAAACUCCCGCGGUGAAAAAUUUCACUUCCAAGCGGAACAAACGUGCAACUGAAUACUUUACAACCAUAAACGCCUCCACCAGGCAGGAGCGAGCCAAAACCAGAUCAAAUUGCUCAUCUUCAAAAGACAGAAAGUACGCCGCUCGCCUCCUUCUGAAUUUCUCUCUCCCGAGGGUCCCUUUUAAACGCCGAGGAAUUCAGAACCGGUUUCGAGCCGGGUUUUGAACACGGACACCCGGAGGGGCUGGACGUGUUCCAGCUAAGAGGCCGUCGGCAGCGUUUUGGACCAACUGGAGACCUUUCAGGGAGUGCUGGCUGACUCCAAAGUGCACCGAACCCAGCAGAGAUGUCAUGUCAAGCGUCCUCCCAGGUUUUGUGCGAGGGUACAAACGCUGAUAAAACUCUCGCCGCUAGCUCAGUCUUUCAGAGCCAGUUAGUCCCAGUUCCGUGAGAAAUGUACCGGCACAAGAACGCGGCGAACAAUCAUAUUUCGCUGCUUCCGACGGCAGGUGCGGAAAAGCGGCUUCACGUUCCCGCAUGAUCCCGUACUGUAGAACGCGCUGAGAGGAAAUCCUGCAUCUGCGUCUUUAACCCGGAUCGUCAAAAACUUUAACGGCUUGUUCCUUGCGGCCUUUACAUUU